AUGGCGCAACAACUCUACCUCCAACUUCAUUACUCUGGCCUCAGCCCUACCACCGAGUUUCACUCACCCACGACAAACUACGACAGGACAUCGUCAUCAUCCUUGUCACCAUCCCCUGUGAUGGCUGUUGGUACAGUCUUUAGGCCAACCAGACCUGAGGACUGGGAGCCAUACCGGGAUCUGAUAGCUCAUCUGUAUACGACGAUGAAGCUAAAGGAUGUCAUGAACGAGAUGCAUACGAGACACAAUUUCAAGGCAACCGAGAAGCAGUAUAAGACGCAGAUCAAAAAGUGGAACCUGGACACCAAGUACACCAAGGCGUCCGAAUACAUGGCCAUGAUCAAGACCAAGAGGCGACGAGAAAAUGAAAACCCACCAAAACAAACACGCUUCAUUCUCCGAGGGCGACCCGUGGAUCCAAAAGACAUCAACCGGUUCGAGAAGCGGGCAUCCAAGAAGGGAAUGAUAAAGGAUGAAGAGCUCGCCUACAACGCCAAGGAAGCAGAGGAUAUUGAAGAUCUGGUUUACAUCACUCCCUCACCGUCACCAGAGCCGGACUUUUCAUCAUACGCCCCUCCCCCACCUCCAACACAAUACCAAACAACCGAAUACCAUGAGCAAUAGCAAUUAACGGGAGUGGG